UGGAAGAGAAGGGGUAUUUUCGCUAUUUUCAAGAAAGCGAACGGCAAUUUGAAGGCCAAACUCUUCCGUAUUUAAUCCCUGUGGCGUUGACGCUCCUUCCCCCAAAAUACCGAGCGUUGGUUCUAGGCUUUCCCCCACCCCCUUCUCGCUCUCUCGCAGGAUCCACCACAAGGAAGAAAAAUGGGGUUGACAUUCACCAAGCUUUUCAGCCGACUUUUUGCCAAGAAAGAGAUGCGUAUCCUUAUGGUAGGUCUUGAUGCUGCUGGUAAGACCACCAUCUUGUAUAAGCUCAAGCUUGGGGAGAUUGUAACUACAAUUCCUACCAUUGGCUUUAAUGUUGAAACUGUUGAGUACAAAAAUAUCAGCUUCACUGUGUGGGAUGUUGGUGGUCAGGACAAGAUUCGUCCGUUGUGGAGGCACUACUUCCAGAACACACAGGGCCUCAUUUUUGUGGUUGAUAGCAAUGACAGAGACCGUGUUGUUGAGGCAAGGGAUGAAUUACAUCGUAUGUUGAAUGAGGAUGAGUUGCGAGAUGCAGUGUUGCUUGUAUUUGCUAACAAACAAGAUCUUCCAAAUGCGAUGAAUGCUGCUGAAAUAACUGACAAGCUCGGUCUCCACUCCCUCCGACAACGUCACUGGUACAUCCAGAGCACUUGUGCAACCUCUGGGGAAGGGCUGUAUGAGGGGUUGGACUGGCUCUCCAACAACAUCGCUAACAAGGCAUGAGGUAAUGAAGAGUGAGAUGUGGGUUGGUCCUGGAUGCAGGGUGGUUUUUAUCUAGUCUCUUUUCGUUCCUUUCAUCUGUCAGACAAUGUGUGACUAUUUGAGUUUUAAUUUUCAAAAAGGGGUUUCACUUGUCAUUUAGGGUUUUGGCAAUGGCUAUGUCUAAUAGAAUGUUUUGGUGAGAGACUUGUAUUUGCAAUCAUUGUUUAGAUUCGAAUAUAUAAUGCUUAUAACUGAUACUAAUUUGGUGUUUUAGUUGUCAA